AUGUGUGAUUCAUGUAAAAGUAUUAUUUCAUAUAUCGAACAAUUAAGUGGUCUAGAUUUGAAUAAUAUCUUUCUUAAAGUUAAUAUUGAAAAAUGCAAAGAAAGAUUAAUCGCUGUUGGUGAUCUUGUUAAAAGUACACUUAGUCCAAAGAAUAAAAUUCUUCAAUGUAAUAUAAGUGGUGAACCUGAUGCAGAUAAAUUAUUAAUAACAAAUGAUAGAGCAACGAUAUUAUCAAAAAUUGGUGUUGAUAAUUUGGUGGAAAGAGUUCUUGUUGUACAAGAUGAUGAAGUUGGUGAUGGUACAACAUCUGUUGUUGUUUUAGCUAGUGAACUACGUCGAGGAUGA